UGUUCCAUAUUCUAUGUAGGUGAUUCGUGCUUUGAACGCAGAGCGAGUCUAACUGUUUCAGUACUGGUGCUUCCACCAUUUUGUUUAUUUUCGAGUUAAAUAGGUGGAUUGUGAAUCAGUGUGUAUUUCGAGUUUUUGUAUAUUUGAAGAUCUGAGAAUAUAUAAAUUACCUGUAAUAUAUAUGGUUCGGUUGUUUCCCCUGGAAACAGGGGGUGAAGAAAUCCGCAGACAUUGGGCGCAUCGCGAGUAAACACGUUAAAGUGACCGUGUCCGGUAAAAACUCCUACAAUACAGGGAAAGAUCGUGCGGUCACUCUCAGUCUCAAAAAAUCCAAAAUCCAAAGCCAGAUCGCUUCUAUUGAAAACAUGAAUCACGUGAAUGACAAAGAAAAUGAAAAUAAUGACGUGGAAGAAAUGGACACUCAAGAAGUCGAGACUGUGGAGACGCCAAAUGAUGCUGGCGGAGGGGACGGUGGUGGAGAAAAUCAGCAAUUGAAUGGUGAAGCUCAGGAUCACUGUGUAUCACAGGAUGCAGAAAUGGAAGAAGACGAAGCUCGCUCCGAAGCAACAUUUCAUUAUACUGUACACAACUUCAGCAAAUUGAAGGAAUCACAGUUGUCUCCUCCAUGUUAUGUGCGUAACUUACCAUGGAAGAUCAUGGUGAUGCCUCGAACCAGCCAGACACAGGACAGACAGACACAAAGAAGUUUGGGUUUCUUCUUGCAGUGUAAUGGUGAAUCAGAAUCUUCGUCAUGGAGUUGUUAUGCUGUCGCUGAAUUACGGCUUCUUAGCCAGAAGGAUGAUGUGGAAGCAUUUAGUCGUAAAAUUCAACAUCUCUUCUAUAGCAAAGAAAAUGAUUGGGGUUUCAGCCACUUCAUGUCAUGGCAAGAUGUACUCGAUCCUGAAAAAGGGUUUAUCAAGGAUGAUUCCAUCAUCUUGGAGGUUCAUGUAGUUGCAGAUGCUCCUCAUGGUGUGAGUUGGGACUCAAAGAAACACACAGGUUAUGUUGGCCUGAAGAAUCAAGGUGCAACCUGUUACAUGAACUCUCUCUUACAGACUUUAUACUUCACCAAUCAACUACGAAAGGCUGUGUACAAGAUGCCGACAGAAAGUGAUGACUCGAGCAAGAGUGUGGCUCUUGCAUUACAGCGAGUCUUUCAUGAACUACAGUUCUGUGACAAACCAGUAGGUACAAAGAAGUUGACAAAGUCAUUUGGAUGGGAGACUCUAGAUUCCUUCAUGCAGCAUGAUGUCCAGGAGUUCCUGCGAGUGUUGCUGGACAAAUUGGAGAGCAAGAUGAAGGGGACAUGUGUAGAAGGAACAGUUCCCAAACUGUUUGAAGGGAAGAUGGUUUCUUUCAUAAAAUGCAAAAAUAUUGAUUACACGUCAACAAGAGUGGAAACUUUUUAUGACAUCCAGCUGAAUAUUAAAGGAAAGAAAAAUAUUGAAGAGUCUUUCCAUGACUAUAUUGCAACUGAAGUAUUGGAUGGAGACAACAAGUAUGAUGCAGGCGAACAUGGACUCCAAGAUGCGGAGAAGGGCGUCAUCUUUGCUUCAUUCCCUCCUGUGUUACACUUACACCUCAUGAGGUUCCAGUAUGAUCCAAUAACUGAUUGCUCUGUUAAGUUCAAUGACAGGUUUGAGUUCGAUGAAAAGAUUAGCCUAGAGUCAUAUCUGCAGACACCUGAACCAACGCGAGCAGAUUAUAUAUUGCAUGCAGUGUUGGUGCAUAGUGGUGAUAACCAUGGAGGGCAUUACGUGGUCUUCAUUAACCCUAAGGGUGAUGGCAAGUGGUGCAAAUUUGAUGAUGAUGUGGUAUCACGAUGCACAAAACAGGAGGCAAUUGAUCACAACUAUGGUGGCCAUGAUGAUGACAUGAAUAUGACAGUGAAACAUUGUACCAACGCAUACAUGUUGGUAUACAUUCGUGAUUCAGAGUUGAAGAAUGUGCUGCAAGAAGUGACUGAGGAGGACAUUCCACAGGAGCUGGUAGAACGACUACAGGAAGAAAAGCGAAUGGAGCAGAUUCGGCGUAAAGAGCGCAAUGAGGCACAUCUUUACAUGUCAGUACAGGUAUUGCUGGAAGACAGCUUUGAUGGCCAUCAGGGUAAUGACUUAUAUGACCCUGAUCGAGCACUUUAUAGAGUUUUCCGAGUUCGCAAACAGACAACACUGCAAGAACUGCUGGAACAUCUGGCUGACAGUCUUAAGUAUCCUAUUGAACAAAUCAGGCCAUGGCCAUUCAGCUAUCGAUCGAACCAGACAUGUCGCCCAACCCUGAUUGAUUUGGAGACUGACCUACACAAAUCAGUACUGGAUGUGGCAGAAAACCAGAAUCCCUGGAACGUAUUUGUGGAAGUUGUUCCCCCAGAUUCAGGGUUACAGGCCCUACCACCGUUUGAUAAGGAUUCUGAUGUUCUGUUAUUCUUCAAGUUCUAUGACCCAAAGACAAAGCGGAUACACUAUUGUGGCCACCAUUAUAUGCCUGUUGCAGCCAAAGUCCAAGAACUGAUUCCUCUACUCAAUGAGCGGGCAGGCUUUGCUGCAGAUACAGACUUGGUUCUUUAUGAGGAAAUAAAACCUAAUAUGGUAGAGCGAAUUGAAAACUACAAUGAGCCCCUGGAGAAAGUCCUUGAAGAACUGAUGGAUGGUGAUAUCAUCGUGUUCCAGAAGGACGAACGAGAUGACAUGUAUGAGCUACCAACAUGUCGAGAUUAUUUCAAGGAUUUGUUCCACAGAGUAGAGGUUACAUUCUGUGAUAAGAUGAUUCCUAAUGAUCCUGGUUUCACAAUUGACCUGUCCCAGAGAAUGACAUAUGACCAGAUGGCACAUGCUGUGGCACAGAGAGUUGGUACCGAUCCAUACCUUCUGCAGUUCUUCAAAUGCCAGAAUUAUAAGGAUAGUCCAGGCCACCCUCUGCGAUGUACAUUUGAAGGAACACUGAAGGAAUUACUAGUAUAUUCUAAACCAAAAACACCCAAGAAGAUUUUUUACCAGCAGCUGAGUAUACGAAUCAAUGAAUUGGAAAAUAAGAAACAGUUUAAGUGUGUCUGGGUGGGCCCAAAACUAAAGGAGGAGAAAGAACUGAUACUUUAUCCUAACAAGAAUGGAACAGUUGCUGAUCUCUUGGAGGAAGCCAGAAAGCAAGUUGAGCUAUCAGAGAAUGGUUCAGGGAAACUUAGGAUAUGUGAAAUUCAUAGCAAUAAAAUAGUAUGUGGAUUGAAGGAAGAUGCACCAUUAGAAUCAUUGAAUACUGGAGGCACAAAGGCAUUUAGGAUAGAGGAGAUCCCACGAGACGAGUUGAACUUGGCAGAUGAUGAGAUGCUGAUCCCAGUUGCCCACUUCUGCAAGGAUAUCUACACACCAUUUGGGAUUCCUUUCUUUCUUAAAGUGAAACAUGGGGAGCCUUUCUCCAAGGUGAAAGAUAGAUUACAGAAGAAAUUAGGCAUACCAGAAAAAGAAUUUGAAAAGUUUAAAUUUGCUCUUGUGCUGGUGGGAAGACCACAGUUUAUUAAUGAGGAAUCUGAAUUCUUCAUUAACUUGCAAGAUUUCAAAAAUCAUCCAAAUCAAGGAAGUUCAACGCCAAAGCCAUGGUUGGGCUUAGAUCACAUCAACAAGACUCCAAAGCGUUCACGAUUCAACUACUUGGAGAAAGCUAUAAAGAUAUACAACUGAACCCAGGUUUAUGAAAAGUUGUGCCUGGCAUCUUAGUAGCUGAUGGGAGCCUGCAUUUGUUGAAAUGAAGACAUCAUUAUUUGAGGUCUGUGGUCAGCUAUACCCCUGAUGCAUAAACUGAUACCAUGCACAACAAGUAUAUUUCUUGAAGUUAAAAGAUGUAGUAAUUUUGAGAAUUAUCUGGGACAAAGAGGAAUUUACUGUGCAGUGACAGGCUGUGCAUUUCUUCUGUAAUUUCAUUUGAAACAUUAUUUCUGUCUCCAUCUCUCUGCAACCCUUGAAUCUUGCUGGAUCACUGAAAUAGGAGAUAUAGCAAGAAGGG